UUUUCGUAUUUCCCUGUCCAGCGUAGUGAACAACGAGGCUCCAAAGUCUACUCAAACACAUACACACUCGGGGACAUACAGUUUUCUUAAGUUCAGCGCUCUUCCAGCCUGUUUAUCUGAGAUACAUAAUCUGCUGUUAAGCCAAAGAGUCUUCGAAAACAUGGCAGAGAGUGACUGGGACACAGUGACUGUGCUGAGGAAGAAGGGAUCCGCGGCUCAGUCCAAGUCCAAACAGGCUGUAAUUGCCGCCCAGAGACGAGGGGAGGAUGUUGAGACUACAAAGAAGUGGGCUGCUGGGCAGAAUAAGCAGCAUGUUGUAACCAAGAACACAGCCAAACUGGACAGAGAAACAGAGGAGCUCCAUCAUGAACGAGUAACUCUGGAAGUGGGCAAAGUCAUUCAGAAGGGCCGGCAGGACAAGGGCUUAACUCAGAAGGACCUGGCCACGAAAAUUAAUGAGAAGCCUCAAGUAAUCGCAGAUUAUGAAGCUGGGAAGGCCAUCCCCAACAAUCAAGUAAUGGGAAAGAUUGAGAGGGCCAUCGGACUUAAACUGCGAGGAAAAGACAUUGGCCUGCCCCUUGAUGCAGGGCCCAAGAAGAAAUGAGCAAAAAAUCCUCGAAAUCCACCACUUAGCCUACAGAAUCCCCUCACUUUUCAGGCCUUGUAGUCAGUCUUCACAUGCUGCUCAUUAUUCCCUUCCUCCUAACAGUAAUAAAAACUAAUUUUUCCAGUGGUGGACCAAAUGUCACUAUAUUGACAAUUUAAGAAUGAAAAUCAUGUUUCUUUUCUUGCAUAGUUUUAUGGAGUGCUGCAUCACUUGAGAACACUGCUUUUUUUAGUUUUUGAAGACUGAACUGAACUGUCAUGUGUUCUUUACAUUUUCAUGAUUUUAUGCUUGCUCUCAACUUGAAAUAAAACAGAUUUUUUGCAUUUGA